AAUCGUCUAGAUGAUCGGAAAAUCUACAAUCGGAAAAUCGCUAUCUCAAUUCAAGCACACUGGCGAGCUUUACGAUUCGCGGAGAUCCUUGAAGACAUCUUUUGUAUUUCUUUCGCAAUACAAAUGGUGAUAGUUACUAUAACAUUGAGCAUUACUCUGUUACAAGUUGCAUUACUGUAUGGCGAAAUGCAUGAAACGGUGAAAUAUCUGGGGUUUAUCUUUGCUCAGGUAGCACACACGUUCUGCUUCAGUGUACAAGGACAGAGAUUGAUUGACCAUAGCUUGCAAUUAAACGAUAACGUAUACAAUUCGUCCUGGUAUGAAAUACCUGCGGAAUUACGAAGGCUGCUUCUGUUCGUGAUGCGAAGGAGCAUGCAACCCUGUUUUUUGACCGCCGGCAAGCUUUAUAUCUUCUCUCUGAAGAGCUUCUCCACGGUUAUGCAGUCUUCGGUGUCGUAUUUUACCGUACUUGCAUCAUUCGCAGAGAUUCUUGAAGACACGUUUUGCACUGCUCUAGCAAUACAAAUGCUGAUAGUUGUAGCGUUGAGCAUUACUCUACUACAAGUUGCGUUACAGUAUGACGAAAUUCAUAAAAUGUUGAGGCACCUAACGUUUAUCUUUGUUCAUAUAUUGCACACGUUCCUCUACAGUCUGCAAGGUCAGAGAUUGCUUGACCACAGCUUGCAAUUAAGCGAUAAAAUAUAUAAUUCCUUCUGGUAUGAAAUACCUGCGGAAACACAAAGGCUACUUCUGCACGUGAUGCGAAGGAGCAUGGAACCCUGUAUUUUGAGCGCCGGCAAGAUUUAUGUCUUCUCUUUGAAGAGCUUCACCACGGUUAUGCAGUCUUCGAUGUCGAAUUUUACCGUGCUUGCCUCCUUCCAAUGA